AUGGCAAUCGGCGCAUUUAUUGCUACGGCUCUUGCAGUUGUGAUCAUCAGGUAUCUGUACUGCAAAAGAAGGAACAAGCUUGCAAUGAGUUUUGACAAGGCUCCACCACUAGAGUGGGCUCCUUGCAGCAGAGAUGAAAUGCUGCGCAGGUUAGAAUCGGAAUCCUUUGAUCUUCUUGUUGUUGGUGGCGGAUGCACUGGUGUAGGAUGUGCAUUGGAUGCUGCCACCAGGGGACUCAAGGUGGCAUUGAUAGAAAGAAUGGAUUUUGGAUCAGGCACAAGCUCAAAGUCCACAAAGCUUGUGCAUGGCGGGGUAAGGUAUCUUGCAAAAGCAGUUGCAAGCUUUGGCUGGUCGCAAUACAAGCUUGUAUUCCAGGCACUGAGCGAACGAACAGUAAUGUUCAGUAUUUCGCCGUACUUAACAAACACAAUCAAGAUCAUUGUUCCAAUAUACAGCAAGGCAUGGGUGCCUUAUUACUAUAUUGGCCUGAAGCUAUACGACUGGAUGUCGGGCAUAAGGUCGUUGGGCAAGAGCUACUUUAUUGGAAAGGAGCAGACCGUGCACAUGUUUCCUCAGGUAAACAGGCAAAGCCUGCAUGGCGCGAUGGUGUAUUUUGAUGGCCAGCAAGAUGAUGCAAGAAACAACGUGAUGCUUGCUGUAACUGCAGCAUACCAUGGCGCAGUGGUUGUAAACCACAUGUCUGCAACAGAGUUGAUUUUUGAGUGCGAGAAGAUUGUUGGGAUCAGGUGCAGGGAUGAAGUCGCGGGCAAAACAGUUGAAGUGCGUGCAAAGGGGAUCAUCAACAGCACAGGGAAUCUUGUGGACACGCUCAGGAUGAUGGACGAGAAGUGCAAGGAUAGAAUUGUUGUUCAAAGCUCAGGAACACAUAUUGUUCUUUCUGGCAAGUACACUCCAAGAGACACGGGCUUUCUCGAUCCCCAGUCAAGCGAUGGCAGAGUGAUAUUUUUCAUGCCAUGGAUGGGAAAGACACUUGUUGGGUCGACGGAUGCAAGGACCGUUGAUGGAGACACGACUCCAACCGAAGAAGACCUUGACUUUCUGCUGAAUGAAGUUGGGUCGUACUCUUCUGUGUCUCCAAGGCCAACACGACGAGAUGUUUCGGCAGUAUGGACAGGAAUAAGGCCGCUUGUGAAAGAUUGCAAUGUAUCCGACACAAACUCGAUUGUGAGGAAGCACUACAUUGGCAUUGAUGACAAUGGAUUGAUCACCAUCACCGGUGGUAAAUGGACAAUAUACAGGAAAAUGGCUGAGGAGGCAAUCGACAUCGCGGUAAAUGUAUUUUCUCUGCAUCCGCAAAGGCAGUGCGUGACCAGGCAUGUAAAGAUCCUUGGCGCACAUGGAUAUACUGAGGAUACAUGGAAGGAGAUCAAGAGGAAGCUGAAGGUGCCCGAGGAUAUGGCUAGACGGUUUGCCAGGUUUUAUGGAACAAGGGCAUUGAAGCUUGCGCGCUACAUGGCCGAUGGAGAAAAGAGGCACGUGAUGUCCAGAAAGUAUUCGUAUCUUGCUUCGGAGGUUGAGUACUGUAUAGACAAUGAACUAGCAGCCAGUAUAUGCGAUGUUCUCUCUAACAGGCUUAUGAUCAGUCUUUUUGAUGUUAGGGAGGCAUAUGAAUGUGUUGGGCAGGUUCUUGAUGUGUUCAGAAGAAAGCAUCGCUGGGGCGCAGACAGAUGCAACAGAGAGGAAAUCGAAGCAGUUAGGAUAUUGAACACCUAUGGGCUGAGCCUUCUAAGGGAGAAUGACGACUGUGAAGACACGGCCACACACAUCGAAUGUCCGCUGAAUCGAGCGAAGAGGACAGAAUAA